GUUUCCGCGGGUGGCGUUGCUGCUUCUGGCCGCAAACAGCGCUAAAGCUGCCACCACUGACGGAUGGCUGAACACUCAUUUGCCUGUCUUCGAGUUCGAUACAAAGACCUGUAUCAACUUCGGACAACGUUAACUCAACAAAUAAAUCUUAUUACAUCUGCUGAGAGUUUGGAGGAAUCUCCGACGCCGUGAAAUACUUCUUAAAAACCCGUCUGUUCACAGGUAUGAACAAUAUGUUAAAACUGGAUACUUUGCUGGAGGAUGGACUCCGAUCAGAUUUAACUCUUCAGCUGCAUAUUAAGGCUCUUAGAGAGACCCUGAAACAGCAGUUGCAGGAGACAGAAAGGAUACAGACAGAGGAGCUGGAAAAGAGGAUUCAUCAGAACGCUUGCCUGUCAGCAGAUGCAGAUAAAAAGACUUCUGGAAAUAAAAAACACCUGACUGAAUGUGACAGGAUGGUGACAUCUGCCUCAGCAAUCCGAAACGCUUCCCACAAACCCGUACAGUCAGAGAGGCCAAACACUUCAACAGAUAGGAAGCAAUGUUCUCGCAGGACUCAGCUGUGUGAGCGAUUUGCUUUAACUAAAACUUUGCAGCUGAGUAAAGAGGAGGAGGCUGAGGCUGAGUGUCAGAAGAAGUUCUCUGCUCUUCCUCUCCCCAGCCAUGUCAUUCAACCCAUCUACCAGGAGAUGAUGGAGCAGAGAGAGAAGGAGAGGAAGGAGGGCCUUGAGCAGAGGAAGCAAUUCUUGCUUUCCAUUCAAAAGCCUUUCAGCUUCCAGGAGAGAGAAAAGGAGAAGAGGGAGAAGCUGAUUGCAAAGUUAAACCAAGUCUUGCAUGUUAUUAACGAUGUCCGAGUUAGAAAAGCACCUCAGAAAGAAAUAAAAGAUUCCCCAGAUUCCUCUGAGACAAAAGACCGGGAGCAAGUCUGCCCGAAACUCCACACUCAGGCGGCAGUGAGGGAGGAGAAUCCCACUAGGAAUGGCCCAAAACUUCGCACAGCAGAGCGCACCAGGAAAGAAAAGCUGGGCUUUCUGGAUGAGAAGCCAAGUUUUCAGCCAAAGAUCAUCCAUCAGGUCCCUGAUUUCAGUGCCUUGCACAAGGCCUUGCAGACAGAGGCGCUGCUGAAAAUGCAGAGUAAAGAUAUAACAAAGUGUCAACCAUUUUUCCUGAGAACAUCAGCUCGGCCUGCAAGGCAAAGCAGGAUGAGCCCGGCAAACUCCCAGAUACCAAAAACGAGUAAUUUCAGUAGAAGCAAGUCACUUGGAGCUUUAACGUUAAUAUCCACUGACACACUGCCCACAUACAUCACAGACGCUGUGAGGAAGCGCUGCAUGGCCACCAGAAAGUCAAUUGAGAUGAGGGAUAAUAAGAAUCAAGACAGUGUCGACUGGUUGAGGAACUACCAAAUGAGAUCCCAAGCUAUGAAGAAGACAAUAACCCUCCAUGCAAAGUUGCUGGACCCACACAGCAGCUUGAAAGAAGUGUAUAAUGAGAAACUGCAGCUCCAUCGGGAGGCUGAUCAACAAAGAAUGAGGGAUUACACGAGAGAGUUACGGGAAAUUAAGGCGCGAGUUAAUGAACGCCCUUUUUUGUUUGAACAGGUGAAACAGAGAAAUGCAAAAGCUCAAGCAGAGCAGACAUACAGGAGCAAGCUGAAGAAAGCUGGGUUAAAGGAGCAGUUUGUUGAAGAAAACGGAGAAGCCCUCACAUCUGAAGAUGACCGCAGCAUUGAAAAGGACAUUGACAGGAGGGAAGAAAAUGGAGGAGACGGGGAGAAAAUUGAGGCUGUGGAAGAGAAGAGCGUGAAGUCCAAAGGGGAAGCAGUGCCAUGAUCAAAAAGGUUCAGGCGGCACAGAGUUUUGUGGCCUAUCCGCUAGAAAACAACACCAUCCUCAAAAAUGAUUCAUGUCACUGCUAACUAUCCACACCAAAUGUUUGAUAGUUUAAGAUGUGCAGCUAUAAGUCAUGAAAUUACAAAACAGCUGGAAUUUGCAAUCACAAAUGGAAGAGGAUAAAAGUUUAUAAAAAUGUACAUGUUUAUAAGUGAUUACUGUCGGUUUUACAAACAGUUUCCCUGAGGAAUCUGUAAGCUGUAGUUUUGAGGAUGUUGAGCACGUUGUUACCAGAAUAAAAGGUUCAAAAAUAAACUGAGAACAACGGUUGAGCCCACUUUGUAGCGUUAAUCAAUCAGUCUGUGAUUGAUUAAUGUGUGUUAAAAGGCUAAUACUUUAAUGCUUAUAUUCCAAUAAUACUUUUAGUAGUAUUUUACUUUCUAUAGUUAAAAAAAAAAAAAAUCACAUUUUACAUGAUUUUACAUGUUUUUAAUUGAACAGGUCCCAUAAGAACCCCAAGCAUCUGACAUUGGCUUUUCUUAGAUUGUUGGGUUAAAGUUCCCAGUUAUUUCUAUAGCCACAGUGCCACCUAAAUAAACAGUCUUUGCUGUGCAUCUGCAGUCACACAAACCAUCUCAGUGGUCAGCUCCUAGCCAGGCACAUCCACAUCAAAUACUCUUACACACUGGCCUUUGCUGUGCUCUUGUGUUUUGACAGCUGAAUACCAGGAAUUCGAGACAUCAUUUUUUAACUUACAAACCACAUGGGAGUGUUUGAAUAUUUUUUACAAACAUAAUCAACGGAGAUAAGUGCAUACCAUAGGGUUUUGUAGGCUGCUGUGUCACACUUUGAAGUCAGUGUAGUAAAUUCAGAUUAGGAAAUAUUGAAAAUCAUUGAGAAUAACAGGCGUAUUGCCAAUGAAUGCAUGGUUUAAAAUGUAACGUAGAUAAGAGUUAAUAUAGUCUAUGCAGUAGCAUCUAGAAUUAUAUGCAUCUGCAGAGAAUGGCAUAAAAAAAGAGACUGUAGCACGAUUCGACUGGCUGUCCAGAAUACAUUUGCAUGAUUAAAGCUAUACUGUCACGUGGAGGCUCGUGACCUCUAAACCGCCCUUUCAUCUUAGCUGUGUUGUUUGUGUAUUGCUGCCACGAUAGUCAUGAAAUCCGAAAAAGAGUAUUUUUGCAAAUGCUGGUUUUGAGAUUUGCUUCUUAUUCAUUUGUUUUAUCACCUCUCCUCCAUCUACAUUAAACCUAGGAACUGCCAAACCAGUCUUGGCCCAUUUGGACUCCUUUUAUGGUCAGGUUCCUGGGGAACUGUGCCAAGUAUGACAUGAAAGAGGGGGAUUUUGGUUGAUGUUUGAAGGAUGUGUUGAUUUUAAACAGUUAAAGAGCAGGUACAUUUUCUAAUCAUAUCUACAUUUAUUUUCCCACUGUUAACUUAUUACCAUUGUCUAUGAAUGAUAGAUUGCGCGCUGGUAUAAAUUAAUUUAAUACUUAAUGAGUAUUUAAUUGCCAUUUCCUGGAGUGGGAGGAGCUACUGACUAGCUCCUCUCCGGGAGUGUUGCGUGUC